GUUCAGUUUGUUUUUACGUCUGUUUUUUAGUGCUCGACAAUCAUGUUGUCACUAGCGUUUCUCAUUGUUCUUCUUUCAGCAUCCUUUGCCAAAGACAUUUCAUCAUCUUCAUCAACUGAACUUUCUACAGAUUAUAUAUUGAGACCAAGUAUUAAUGAGUUUUAUGAUCUUUUGGAGAAAAAUCGUACUGAAAUAAUUUUCACGCGGUUCUAUUUGCCAUCAUGUCCAGCAUGUAUAGCAUUCGAAUCAGGUUGGAAUAAGGUUGCAAAAGCAUUGCAAGGUGUCUGCAAAGUAGUCGACUACAAUUGCCGUAAAGAUCCAAACACAUGCUGGUAUGUUGGAAUCGAAUAUUUUCCAGAGUUCGUGGUCUUCAUAAACAAUCGAGUUUAUGCUAUAUUUGAUGAUGAUUAUGGUGUGAGACGAUUGAUUGACUUCAUUAAGGACAAAGAAUAUGAGGAAGAAGAAUACAGACGAAAGGCUAAAAGGAAGUGGCAAUAAAAUUUAGAUUGAUGUGCAUUGAAAUUUAAUAAAGUUUAUUUGUGGAUUUAAUG